ACUUUUGGCCGUACAAUUUUGCAAAGUACUUCGGCCGUAGAAAAAUAAAACGACAUGGCCGGACGUGAAGCCGUUAAACGGGCUGUGCAGCAGGUGCGUCCCAUUCUGUCCGUCGACAGGGAGGAGGCCCGCAAGCGUGCCCUCAACCUCUACAAAGCCUGGUACCGCCAGAUUCCCUAUAUCGUUAUGGACUACGAUAUUCCCAUGACCGUGGAGCAGUGCCGCUCCAAGUUGCGGGAGCAAUUUGUCAAGGAUCGCCAUGUAACCGACAUUCGCGUGAUUGACAUGCUCGUCAUCAAGGGGCAAAUGGAGCUGAAGGAGACGGUGGAGAUCUGGAAGCAAAAGGGCCACAUUAUGCGCUACUGGAAGGAGUCACAGGACCCCAAACCCACCGAUUUCCUCUCCAAAUUCAUUCAGGGCGUUCAUUAGAUAUUCAAAUUGAAAUAGUUUAAAUAUAUUCCAAGUUCGGAGUAAACAACAAA